GGGAUUGGCUGGAGGGGCUGUAAUUCAGAGGUUUCCGGAGCUGCGGCGGCGGCGGCGGCGUAGACUGGGAGGGAGAGCCUGGGGUUCCGUCGUCGCAGCGGAGGGAGUGAGCCCGAACCGAAUCCUUGACGGGUAACCCGGCUCGGCUCUCCCUCUCCGCGUCUGCUAGGAGAGACCCUGCGGCCCGAGGGAGCCCGCGGCCCGUACCCCGGCGCAAGCGCACCCCGGCCUGUCGGGCCUCAGCCCGAGAAACAGUUGAGACCCCUGAUUCCAGCAGGAUGGCCCAAUGGAAUCAGCUACAGCAGCUCGACACACGGUACCUGGAGCAGCUUCAUCAGCUGUACAGUGACAGCUUCCCAAUGGAGCUGCGGCAGUUCCUGGCCCCUUGGAUUGAGAGUCAAGAUUGGGCUUAUGCAGCCAGCAAAGAAUCACACGCCACUUUGGUGUUUCAUAAUCUCCUGGGUGAGAUUGACCAGCAGUACAGCCGCUUCCUACAAGAAUCAAAUGUUCUCUAUCAGCACAAUCUGCGAAGAAUCAAGCAGUUCCUUCAGAGCAGGUAUCUUGAGAAGCCUAUGGAGAUUGCCCGAAUUGUGGCCCGGUGCCUGUGGGAAGAGUCCCGCCUCCUCCAAACUGCAGCCACUGCAGCCCAGCAAGGGGGCCAGGCCAACCACCCCACAGCUGCCGUGGUGACAGAGAAGCAGCAGAUGCUGGAGCAGCACCUACAGGAUGUUCGGAAGCGAGUACAGGAUCUAGAACAGAAAAUGAAAGUGGUAGAGAAUCUCCAGGAUGACUUUGAUUUCAACUAUAAAACCCUCAAGAGUCAAGGAGACAUGCAAGAUCUGAAUGGAAACAACCAGUCAGUGACCAGGCAGAAGAUGCAGCAGCUAGAACAGAUGCUAACUGCUCUGGACCAGAUGCGGCGAAGCAUCGUGAGUGAGCUGGCGGGGCUUUUGUCAGCUAUGGAGUAUGUGCAGAAAACUCUCACGGAUGAGGAGCUGGCUGACUGGAAGAGGCGGCAACAGAUUGCUUGCAUUGGAGGCCCUCCCAACAUCUGCUUAGAUCGUCUAGAAAACUGGAUAACCUCAUUAGCAGAAUCUCAACUUCAGACCCGCCAACAAAUUAAGAAACUGGAAGAGUUGCAGCAAAAAGUUUCCUACAAAGGGGACCCCAUUGUACAGCACCGGCCAAUGCUGGAGGAGAGAAUUGUGGAACUCUUCAGAAACUUAAUGAAAAGUGCCUUUGUGGUUGAGCGGCAGCCCUGCAUGCCCAUGCAUCCCGACCGGCCAUUAGUCAUCAAGACCGGUGUCCAGUUUACUACAAAAGUCAGAUUGCUGGUCAAAUUCCCCGAGUUAAAUUAUCAGCUUAAAAUUAAAGUGUGCAUUGACAAAGACUCCGGGGAUGUAGCAGCUCUUCGAGGAUCCAGGAAAUUUAACAUUCUGGGCACAAACACAAAAGUCAUGAACAUGGAAGAAUCCAACAAUGGCAGCCUCUCCGCAGAAUUCAAACACUUGACCCUGAGAGAGCAAAGAUGUGGGAAUGGGGGCCGAGCCAAUUGUGACGCCUCCCUGAUUGUGACCGAGGAGCUGCACCUGAUCACCUUUGAGACUGAGGUGUAUCACCAAGGCCUCAAGAUUGAUCUAGAGACCCACUCCCUGCCAGUGGUGGUGAUUUCCAACAUCUGUCAGAUGCCCAAUGCCUGGGCGUCCAUUCUGUGGUAUAACAUGCUGACCAACAACCCCAAGAACGUGAACUUUUUCACGAAGCCCCCAAUUGGAACCUGGGAUCAGGUGGCAGAGGUGCUAAGCUGGCAGUUCUCUUCCACCACAAAGCGAGGGUUGAGCAUCGAGCAGUUGACUACGCUGGCAGAGAAACUCCUAGGACCUGGUGUGAACUAUUCAGGGUGUCAGAUCACAUGGGCUAAAUUUUGCAAAGAAAACAUGGCUGGCAAGGGCUUUUCCUUCUGGGUCUGGCUGGACAAUAUCAUUGACCUUGUGAAAAAGUACAUUCUGGCCCUUUGGAAUGAAGGGUACAUAAUGGGCUUUAUCAGCAAGGAAAGAGAGAGGGCCAUCUUGAGCACCAAGCCCCCAGGUACCUUCCUGCUGAGAUUCAGUGAAAGCAGCAAAGAAGGAGGUGUCACCUUCACUUGGGUGGAGAAGGACAUCAGUGGUAAGACCCAGAUCCAGUCGGUGGAACCAUAUACUAAGCAGCAGCUGAACAACAUGUCAUUCGCGGAAAUCAUCAUGGGCUAUAAGAUCAUGGAUGCUACCAACAUCCUGGUGUCUCCGCUGGUCUAUCUCUACCCCGACAUUCCUAAGGAGGAGGCGUUUGGAAAGUAUUGUCGGCCAGAGAGCCAGGAGCAUCCUGAGGCUGACCCAGGUAGUGCUGCCCCCUACCUGAAGACCAAGUUUAUCUGUGUGACACCAACGACCUGCAGCAAUACCAUUGACCUGCCGAUGUCCCCCCGCACUUUAGAUUCAUUGAUGCAGUUUGGAAAUAAUGGUGAAGGUGCUGAACCCUCAGCAGGAGGGCAGUUUGAGUCCCUCACAUUUGACAUGGAGCUGACCUCAGAGUGCGCUACCUCCCCCAUGUGAGGCGCCAAGGACCGAAGCUGCAGCGAGAGAUGACGGAGACACCUUUCUGUGUUCCACCCCUUAGACAGCCAAGCCCCAGAGCACCUGAACUCCUCACUCUGUGGUUCCAGACUUGUUUUAAUCUCCUACUUCUGCUAUCUUUGAGCUAUCUGGGCACUGUUUUCAAAUAGAGAAAUGAAUGAAUGUGGGUGAUAUGCUUUUAUCUAAAUGCAAAUAAGAAAGCGCUCUCUGAGACUGUGAUCAGGGGAUGUGGAAGGGGUGGCAAGAGGGAGGAAAGGAAACCUGCGUUUUUGUCCCCCUGCCCUCCUUUCUCAGCAGCUUGUUGUUGUUGUUGGACAAGUGCCUCCUGGUGCCAGCGGCAUCCCUCUGCCUGUUUCUGUAAGCUAACGCCACAGGCUGCCUCCAGCUGCAUACCCCUGGCACUGCACUUUUAACCUUGCUAACAUCCAAAUAAAAGAUAGGACUUUCAAAGCCCCUAGGUUUCUUUUUAAAUUUAAAAUAAUAAUAAUUAAUAAUAAUUAAAAGGCAAAAACACUGUAUCAACAUAGCCUUCUUUCUGCAUUUACGAAAACUCAGUUAAUCGCCUCCUUGGUGCUUCAGGCAUUCAGCUUUCUUCAGGCUGACACUUUAUACAAACCCUGAAAUGGCCUCAGGUCCAGCCCUAAAGGACCUCUGGAGCUGUGGCGUGGCCUUUCGUUUUGAAAUAGGAAGGUUGAAGGAGAACCUAAACAUUCUAGUCUUUUUUAAAUAAACAGAGUUUUUAUUUUCCUUUUAUGUGUUGGUCUAUUAGUAGGUAAGGCUGGCAGAGGGGUACUUAUAACCUUUCCUCCCUUCCCUCUUGGACAUGCGCUCCUAUUCAGAGCCGGGUGGUUCUGUGGGUGCCUUAUAAGGAAUGGGGUGACUCUCUUUCCUCCCCCCAACCCCCACCUCUCUUAUGGCAUGGCCCCUUGCAGUGUCCAAAGGUCCCUUGUCCUAUUUGCUUUAGUAGUCUGGUCUCAGGACCUUCUGGAGUAGGAGGGAGAGAGUUACAGGUUGAACAUGACUCAGACAGUGGGGCCCCACCCGAGGGUCUGGUAGAGCUCAGGGAAUGUGGUUCUCACCCCAGUUUCUUGGUGAUUGCCCACAGCACCUGUAAUUACUUCUUCACUUGGUUAACCCAGGGGCAAAGGCUUGCUGAUAAACUCAGUCUGUCCCUGUUGAGGGAGCGUGCUCCCAGCUUCCCCCCAACACUGGUGACUCUCUCCCCGCUGAGGCCCCACAGCUGAGGCAGAACAGGUCGAAUUUACUGUGUACUUGGGGACACUCAGGAGUGGGAGAGGUGGUCUUUGCUAUUGGAGCCCCCUCUGACCCAAAGGCAUGGUUAUAGUGGGUGGUCCCAGACCACCUGAGCCAGCUGAUGAGAGUUUCUAUGGAAUGCUGUUUGGUAUACCCCAAUUAGCCAGUCUCUGAAUGAAGGGGAUGAGGUCUUUCUCUCCCAGACACACAGGGGUUGCCCUUGGCCGUCCCUGUCUUCCCGCCUAGAGACGGUUGACAGGUUGCAUAGAGCUCUCCCUUCUCCAGCAACUCUCUUGUUCAUAAUAAGCUUGACUCAUAACAUGAGAGAUCUAGAUCCGAGGGACCUGGAGCCAGGAUCCGGCUUCUCUGGAGCAGAUGUUGUACAGUUCAGGGCUUUGAGUAGCUUUUGUAUCUGGGUUUAAUUCUGGUUGUGGCAAAGUUCUGAGAGAAGCUGAGACUUGGUCAGCCGCUCCCUUAAAGAACCAAGUCCUCCAGGACCUGCCCGUGCUCUCUCCUCUGUCUGCCCCCGCCCGACCCCCGACCCGACCCCAGCCCAGCCCAGCCGAGGGGUCCCAUUGAUCGCUUAACCUACUUAUACAGUGGUUUUAAGCUGUUGUCCUGGCCACUGCACCAAAUUCCAAUGUAUACUUCAUAGUGUAAAAAUUUAUAUUAUUGUGUGUGUGUUUUUGUAUAUUGCUGUAUCUACUUUAACUUCUAAAAAUAAAAAUAUAUAGGACCUGUC